AAAUAAAUUAAUAAAUAAGAAGAGAGACUAAAGGAAAGGUAAAAUCGAGUUCCAUAUAAAUAUCAUCGAUUUUUACAGAAACAUCAUUCGAGAAACGAACUUUGACUUGAAACAAAUUAAUCAGAGAGAACCAUAAUGAGGUAUUUAAUCUUGAUUCUAACGCUGACCGUGACCGUUGUUUGUGCAGAUGAUUUUAACAUAAUAAAAUCAUUCACAAAAUGUUACAAGAAUUUCCAAAACAAUGCUUUUGAAUCGAACAAGAGGCAGGAGUGGCAGAAAUACUGUUUGGAUAACAACCCUUAUGUUCGGAAACGUUUUGGAGGUUGGGUUAACCAAAUUCCAAACAUUCAUGACUAUAAUAAUAUGGGAGAUGGUCCAAAGCCUAUUAGGUCAAAGCAGGUCAGAAAGGAAUAUAGAAUGCUCACUACAAAAGAGAGAAACGAUUUCCAUCACGCCAUUAAUCUAUUAAAACAAGAUACGAGGUUGAAACCAAAUGUUUAUGAUGCGAUCGCCUUCCUCCAUUCUGGUCCCACGGUUAUAAACGCUCACGCUGGCCCAUCUUUUUUAGCUUGGCACAGAAUCUACCUUAACAUGAUGGAAGAAGCUCUUAAUACAAAGAUGCCAGGAAUAACAAUUCCGUAUUGGGAUCCAACACUUGACAGCUCUCUUGAUGAUCCUCGAGAUUCCAUUAUCUGGACGGAUAAAUUCUUGGGAAAUAUUAAUGGAAUUGUUAAUUGUGGUCCGUUUGCUAACUGGAGCACACCAGCUGGGCCUCUGAUAAGGAAUGGUGGUUUUAUUAGUAACUUACCAACUAAUCGCGACAUAGAAAAUAUUCUGAGCCGAUGGAGACUUGCAGAUAUCACCGAACCAAAUGCGAUUAUUAAAUACAAUUUGGAAUUUCACCACAAUUCUAUGCACAAUUUUAUUGGAGGACAUUUAGGUCAACCAGAAACCUCUCCUAUGGAUCCAGUUUUCUGGCUAAUCCACAGCUAUAUAGAUCUUCUUAUGAAUCGUUUCAAUGAGAACCAAAAGAAGCACAAUGUCGAUCCUGCAACAGAUUAUCCAUUAAAUUAUGGUUUACCAGUUUAUGGUCCUGAUCAAAAAAUUGUUCUGAAGAAUAUAACAAUCAGAGAAGCAUUAAAACAAGCUCAAUCUUCUAAUUAUGUUCCUCUAUAUGACUACGCUAUACUGGAGAUGCCAUGUUACGAAAAUUCAAAUUUUCUUCCUUCUCCAUAUCUAACUUGCCACAAGGGAAGAUAUCAGACGAAAACUAGAAAAUCAGCUGGUUGCAAUGCUCUUAUUCCCUAUCAGAAUAUGUUUUGUAUUAACCGUAAAUGUGAUCUAAAAGAAUGGGCAUUUAUUCCAGUUGAAGUAAUUUACGAACGACCUUUCGAAACGAUGAAAUUUGGAAAUUUCCCGAUCAGAAAUGGCAUACCAGAUUUACUGACUGAUCUAUACGACAAUAAUAUACCCCAAAAUAUCUCAUCUAGUAACUCUACUUGCCGAAGUAAAAAGUGUUGUGGCCCCGCGGGAAGAGUCAGUGUGCAAGCCAGUGGCAUCAAUUAUUUUGGUAACUAUGAAGAAAUGGUGAUAGUUGAUCGUAGAUUAGCUGUGUCAUCGGAUAUAGCCUACAUUGGUAUCAGAAGACCUACAACAAACUUCAGUCUGGUAUUUACGACAGUUUCAGAACAAUGUGGAAGAAUAUGUCGUCCUUCUUGCUUAGUGCCGGGUUCAAAUCCACCGAGGUACACAGAAUGUAUAGGUCUGUUGAACUUAACUCACAAUGAUGCUCAUUUCUACGGCAAUACUCUGGCAGAAGCUUACAUGAAAGUGUGGGAUUAUAAAAACCAGAUACGACCGAAAGUAAGACACGAGAAUAUACCAAUCGUAUACCAUUGUGAUGACAGCCUGUGGCCAUUUAACAACACCGACUAUACAACAACAACACCAUCAUCUUGGACAACAGCGUCAACACGUACACGAACCACAACUACUACUACCACUACUACAACUCCAACAACUACAACACCAACAACUACAACACCAACAACUACAACACCAACAACUACAACACCAACAACAACAAGUUGGGUAUGGAGAACAACAACACCAACAACAAGAUGGGAGUGGAAAACAACGACAAGCAGUGGUGAUAGUAAUAUCUUUUGUAAAGUCGAUAACUCUUGUGUAAUCCCAUCGAGAUGUAGCUGUUCAUACAUGGAAAAGAAACCUUGCAUGCAACUGUGCUCCCGAUACGCCAUAUGUAUUUACGGACAAUAUUUCGUUUUAAAUUGCGGUUCUGGAUUUAGAUACAACCACCAACUGAAGCAGUGUGUUCGAGGAUACUGCUCACACAGAUACUUAUCAAAGAUAUAGAUUUCACACAAAAUUACCGUUAAUAAUACCGUCACUUUCACAUCCAACAUUUGCUGUUAAUAUCAGAAAUGUUGUUAGUCUUAUUUAUACGAAACCUAUCGUCUAUUAUUUAAAUUAGUUGUUGUGUUUUUGUACUAAGUAACCAACAACAAAUACAUUAGUUUAGCUGUGCUAAACUGCCUUAUAAUCACCAUAACCCCAAAAUGAUAUAUUAUUUAAUAUUUAUGUCAAGUUGUCACCACAUCCGGUUUUGAGUGAGGUUAAUGACUACAUUACACAUACACACAUACUUUGUAUGUGUCUAUAUAUACAUGUAUGUAUACACAUACACAUCCAUCCAUCCAUCCAUCCAUCCAUCCAUCCAUGCAUACAUACAUACAUACAUACAUACAUACAUACAUACAUACAUACAUACAUACAUACUUGCAUAUACAUAUGCAUACUCACAUGUGGUACAUAUUUAUCUAUUCAUUCUCCUUGAUGUCGACGAUGAUCAUAGUUUAUUUCUAAACUGUCGUUAUUUUUAUGACGAAAUGCUGUGAUCUGUAACAGAAGAUCAUUGAUGCUGAUCUUCGAAAAUUAUAUUAACAUUACAUUCAUACAUAUUUCACCCAUUUUUCGUUCUGACGAUGUAGCUCCAUAUCUUUAAAAUCCAUCCAUUUCUUUGAGAAAGGCAUUAAAGAUGCAUCUUCAUAUUUACCAAUGAUAUCACACCACCACCACCGCAGAAAUAUUUGGGCAUCAGGCCUCUUUUUCACUGACAAUAAGAGCUAUAUAUUUUAAACUAUAUAACUUUAUGUUACGAACGAUGAUAAUUGUACUUGUUAUAAACAAUAUCCCUUUGUUGUAAAUGUCAUAUGUGAUUAUUGUUAAAUAAUAAAUUAUUUAUUUCACGAAUUA